AUGAUGAGGACCAAACCGGCGGUAAUCCAAGCUAAAUUACUAGUGACGGUCACCUUGGCGACCAUAUUGUUCGUGGCACGGCCCACAAUCCAGCGGACGGCUUGUGUUCGAAACGAUUUAAGAGACAGAAUACUGAUAGUGCAUUGUCGAUCCGCGGACGACAAUCUUCACGCUCAUUUGCUCGAUGUUAAAGCCAACAUCUCGUGGAGUUUUAAUGACAACUCGGAACUUGUUAGGCUGACAUUUUUCCGGUGUCGUCUCGCGGUCGAAGAUAAGCGUCUUUCGUUCAACGCGUAUUACCAAGGUACCGACAUCGGAGGUUAUGAUAUUGAGUGGUCCGUCCGGGAUGAUGGAGUCUAUCUGGUGACCGGAGAUGGCAACGUGGAAUCAUCCCCUCGACAAGAGUGGAAUUGA